AUGAGCCAGAACCUGAACCCCGACGCUGUCAGCGAUGGACGCGAGUUUGCUGGACACGUCAAGCCCAGUGAACCUCUUAUGACUGGCGGUCACCAACUUGGAAAGAAAGUCGGUAACGAUGCUGUCCCUGAGUUCAACGCACAAACCCUCCCCGCCGGCACCGCCCCAGCGUCCAAGACCUUCCAGCCUAACCCCGACGUCAACAACCAAAAGAUGUACCAUCAAGCCUCGGACACUCUGCAAGGCGCCACUUCUGCCGAUGUCCACACCGGUCUCGGCCACCCAGGUCAAGGCCAAACCUCCUCAGAGCUCCACGAUGGAUCAAGGGUUGGCCAGGGCCUAGCAGGUCUCGCUGCUAACGUCAAGGAUCAGCAAUCUGGCGGCUCCAUUGAGACACUGAAGGAUGACCCUAAACACGCUGCUCAAAGGAAUCUCGGUAAUGUUCCUACCGGUCAGAGGGGCACGGCUGGCGGACCUCCCGCCGAGGAGAAGGAACCUUCAUCUGCGGCAUAA